AUGUCCCGGAAACCCAUGGUCCGGGAUCUGUCAACGUAUGAGAAUAUGUCACAAACACCUAAAUUAGAAAUAAUUGAAGAUUAUUCAUCUACAUAUACAGGAGAUACUAGUCCAUCAUCUUUAAAUACUUCUGUUGAUUAUCCAAAUGGUAGUUCAUUGACAACGGGCCUCAUUUGUGAUGUUUGUGGUGAUGUAGCAUUUGGUAAACACUAUGGCAUCAAUGCGUGUAAUGGUUGUAAAGGAUUUUUUCGUAGAAGUGUUUGGAGUCGACGACAAUAUACUUGUCGCUUUGGAGGGGAUUGUCCGGUUGUUAAAGAGCAUCGAAACGUUUGUCGAUCAUGUCGUUUAAAGAAAUGUUUUGAAGUCGGAAUGAACCCAGAUUCUGUCCAAAAUGAGAGAGAUCGUAAUGUUAAAUCAGCUGGAACACCAGGUAGCAUGUCUGGCAGUUUCACACCGAAUGGAAUUAAAAAGUUUCGCGUCAAAUCACCAAUGGUCGAUCAAUGUGUUCAAACAGAGACGUAUGAUUCACCUCUAGAUGGCUUUCCAGCUCCUUACAUCAAGAUGGAGCCUGGAACAUCUCCAGCAGACUUUCAUGAUUUACCAACUCCAAGCUUUUAUGACGUCAACACAGUUCCAGAAAAAUUACAUCAAAUUGAACUAUCAAUCACAAACACCUCAACUGAGAAGGAAGAAGGCGGUAAUUUAAAUAAAAAACACAUAAAUUUACCUUUUGGGACCGUUUUUCGUCGACCUUUGUUAGUUAGUCCACGUUUCCCGAUGUGUUUUUCUGGAGAAAGAAUAAUGGGUCCUUCCGACUUCAUUGAAGGAUGGCGUAGACAUUUCAUUUACUACUCCGAUUGGUGCCAUAAUUUGGAAGAUUUCGUAGAAUUGUCAAUAGAAGAUCAAGAUAUCUUAGCCAGAGGGCGUUUAGUUUAUCAUGGAUGGGUUUCCCAUUCGUAUUAUUCGAUGAAAGCUGAUGUUCCAGGACUGUGUAUGUCCAAUCGUUCAUAUCAUCCUCUUAUUGAAGGGCAUCCAAGUAUCUACAGUUUUUAUAAAGAAUGCAUGCCUCGUCUGAUGAAUUACGUCAUCGGACCUAUGAGAGCUUUACAAAUGGAUGAUUUUGAAUUUGCGAUGGUGAAGGCAAUCGUCGUCUUUGCAGAUGAUUGUGGAUUAUCUCAAGAAGGAAAAGCUAUUGUAGCAAAAGCUAGAGAAAAAUAUAUUAAUGCUUUAUAUGCCUAUAUAAGGAAAAAUAAGGUGACAACUGCUUCAGCUGCCACUUGUCGAGUAGCUAAGUUCAUGAUCAUGCUUAGUGCCAUAACGAGUUUAUGUCAUUUGAUGAACGAAGGAGUACAAAUGAACAGCCUUUUCCAUUUGAUUGAUUUCGAUGAAUUAAUUCAAAUGUGUCAUAAGCCGACCACAUCUCGAAUUCCAUCAACAGCUCAAGCUCAACAACAACAUCUUCCGCAACCAGCUCCUCCUCUUCAUCAUCAACCAGAUGUUCGGCAACAACAUGGAAAUGUUCUUAAUCAACAUCUUCAUAAUGGGAUUUCGGUUAACUCAUCAAUCAAUAACUCCACUGCUCCUCUCAUUAACCAGUUAGCAAUGCAGAAUGCAUUUCAAACAACUGUAAGUUAUAUGAUAAACGGAGGUACAACACCUUCAAACGGCUUACAUCUUGCACAUCAUCUACCAACACCACCAAACUCGACAGGCGUCAUGAUGCAAAUGCCAAACUAUGCGGGAGUUCAAUAUUAUAAUCAAAUUCCUUAA